AUGGCAUCGCAAUCUACCUGUGUCUACGAGGGGGCUGAAGAGGAUCAUUCUUCAUUCGAUCCUGCCAGCAUUGCCAUCUUGGAACGUUUGAAUCAAGUCCUUGAGAGUGAAUUGAACUCUGAUGACCUCACAGCCCCUGCCGGAAUAUUGAGAGUGGAAUAUAUUCUCGCAUGGCCUAUUCUGGCAGGUAUCGUCGCGCCGAACUACAUCCUCGAGGCUCUAUCAGAUACGAAAGCUCACCGUGGUAAUGCUUCUUCUCUGAAUAGUGGGACAGACAAUCCCCCAGCAGCAAGUGCAGCAGUGACACCGCUCGAAGUUGAUGAGAAAGACAUUCCUAGGCUAGUCCGCCAGUUCUUGCAGCACGUUCAUCCUGUGAACCCAAUUCUUGACGUUGAUGCCAUUUACGCCGACAGCUUGCGCAUUUCGGAAACAGGUAUUACAUGUGAUGGAGAGUCAUGCAUUGUGCUCAUAGCAUGUGCCUUAGGCUGUCUAGCAAAACCUUACGAUGCCAUGGUGACUUCGCCAUCAGAAACGUCGCCGGGUUCCUCCCUCGAAUCACAAAGUGAAGAGUUGGAAACAGCCAGGGCAUACUUUGAUCUUGCCAGACAAAGGCUGGGCUUGCUCGACCAAAGUCUUCUAGCUGCUCAAUGUCAGUUCUUCGCCGGAGUAUACUACAUGUUCACUCUCGCGCCUUUACGCGCCUGGUCCCAAUUCGAGCAUGCUGCCAACAUUUUCUACAUUCACUGGAAGUAUCAGUCGCCCGAUAACCUAAAACAGGCUCAUCUGGCACGAUCAGUUCAGAGCUUUUACUGGAGCUGUCUCAAAUCUCAGGUCGAGCUUGGCCUCGAUGUAUAUCUUCCGCAAAGCGUUUUGAAAGAUCUGAAUGAUGCUGGGUCUGAGUUGCCUAUGCCCCCGGAGCUAGACGCAUGUCCUCCCCGAUAG